GUCCUGUUCCUUCCGCUUCUCUUGCCAACUGAAAGUAAAGGAUCAAGAAGAAUCAUGAUUGAGAAACUUUGUGGAUGGCUGCCAGUUCUCAUCUCACCUGAUCUUUCCCAAGUCGUCUUCAUUUUCAAGUGACAAAUAUCACUAGCUGUGCCAUAGCACAUGGAUUUCAGGACUACCUGUGAAGAGACAAAGACAGGGAUUUGUUUGCUGCAGGAUGGUAACCAGGAGCCUUUCAAAGUGCGACUGCACUUAGCCAAAGAUAUUUUGAUGAUCCAGGAGCAGGAUGUGAUCUGUGUGUCUGGUGAGCCUUUCUAUUCUGGUGAAAGAACAGUAACAAUUAGAAGACAAACUGUAGGAGGAUUUGGAUUAAGUAUAAAGGGUGGAGCAGAACAUAAUAUUCCAGUGGUCAUUUCCAAGAUUUCCAAAGAACAAAGAGCGGAACUCUCAGGCUUGCUGUUUAUAGGAGAUGCAAUUCUACAGAUUAAUGGAAUUAAUGUAAGAAAAUGCAGGCAUGAAGAAGUGGUACAAGUUCUUCGCAAUGCAGGAGAAGAAGUGACCCUAACAGUGUCCUUUCUGAAAAGAUCACCUGCUUUUCUCAAAUUGCCAUUAAAUGAAGACUGUGCAUGUGUCCCUAGUGACCAAAGCAGUGGCACUUCCUCUCCCCUCUGUGACAGCGGUUUGCAUCUCAAUUACCAUCCCAACAAUACGGAUACAUUAUCAUGUUCAUCAUGGCCAACAUCCCCAGGACUUAGGUGGGAGAAGAGGUGGUGUGAUCUCCGAUUAAUCCCACUACUUCAUUCCCGUUUUUCUCAGUACCUACCAGGAUCAGAUCUGAGCAGGCAAAAUGCAUUCCAAGUAAUUGCUGUGGAUGGGGUUUGCAGUGGAAUAAUUCAGUGUCUCUCUGCUGAGGACUGUAUCGACUGGCUACAAGCAAUAGCAACUAACAUUUCCAACCUCACAAAGCACAAUAUAAAAAAAAUCAACAGGAAUUUUCCAGUAAGCCAGCAGAUAGUCUACAUGGGCUGGACAGAAGAACGGGAACAAGACUCCCUUCAGGACCGAAUGUACACACCAAAGUUUCUAGCUCUGAGAGGUUCUUCUCUAUAUAAAUUUAUAGCACCACCAGUUACCACCUGGGAUUGGACACGAGCUGAAAAAACCUUUUCAGUUUAUGAGAUUAUGUGCAAAAUUUUCAAGGACAGUGAUCUUUUGGACCGUCGGAAACACUGCUUUGGUGUCCAAUCUGAAUCUGGAGAAGACCUCUACUUUUCUGUGGAAUUAGAGUCUGACCUAACACUAUGGGAAAAAGCCUUCCAAACAGCAACUUUUUUAGAAGUUGAACGGAUACAGUGCAAGACAUAUGCCUGUGUUUUGGAGAGCCAUCUUAUGGGGCUUACCAUUGACUUUAGCAUGGGCUUUGUAUGCUUCGAUGCUGCCACAAAGGCUGUACUUUGGAGGUACAAGUUUUCUCAGCUUAAAGGCUCUUCAGAUGAUGGCAAGAGCAAAAUCAAGUUUUUGUUCCAAAAUCCAGAUACUAAGCAGAUUGAAGCAAAGGAGCUGGAAUUUUCCAAUCUUUUUGCAGUCCUUCACUGUAUCCACUCAUUCUUUGCUGCCAAAGUGGCUUGUUUGGACCCCUUAUAUGUAAGCAGUCAAGCCACAGCUUCUGCUGCUGCCACAACUUCUGGUACUGGCAAGUUAAAAUAUGCUACUUGACAUCUCACAUUUUAGCACUACUACUUACCAUCAGUGCAAAACAACAUAUAAAUAUUCAUCAGAUCUGAACCUUUGGGGAGCUAUGAACAUGGAAACCAUCCAAGAGACAAGUCUUGUUGCAGUUUCAGCAGAUAAAUGGUCACAUGGGACUGUAAAUUCAUCUCUGUUCUGCAAGACACCAGUAAAUAAUUGAGCUGAAAACCCGGAAUAGGAUGGAUAUACUCUUAGUAUGAUCUAUUUGUACUUAUAUAGUGCUUUAAGCAACACUGGAAGCAAAUGAAUAAAUGACACAAGGAAACACUUCAUAUUUAAUAAAAUUUUCAACUCUCUAUACUAACACACAAAUAGAAUGGUCAUUUUCUUGUUUUCAGAUGUUUUUAUGAAAAUAUACUAAACUCUGAGUCUGAACUUAAUGCCGUAUCAUCAUAUUAUAAAUGAUACAACCACAAGGAAGAGACAUAUAGUAUGUGGCAGCAAAGAGAUGAGCAUGAAAUGGCACUUGUGUAAGUAUCUCCUCAAAGAAAAAAGCACUUUAAACACUGUUGUAAACUCAUACUUGUGUCCCUCCAUGAAACCAUGCUAUUGUUGUUUAUUUUGUUUGUCAAUUUUAAUAAUAGAAAUGACAAAGGUAUAGCCAUAAUAGUCCGACAGGCAAAGCUGCGUAAGGUGGGAAAAAACUUUCCAGGCACAAGAUUUUCUUCUUGAAGUGAAAAAAAGAUAUGAAUUCAAUUUAAUUGUAAGUGAAGACCAGUAAGUAAUACAUCUGGUACAUUUUCCUUGCUCAUUCUUCUAAUAUCCAACAGCCUCCAUUCACAAAACAUGAGUAUUGAAUUUUGCUUCAGACAUGAUAUACCUGGCACAUUGUUUCAGUAUUGAAUUCUGAUUUCAUAUCACGAACAGGAAGAUAGAACCUCUUUUCCACCACAGGCUCUAAAUAUAAUAGGCAUUAUCAAUUAUUCCGGAAA